AUGCCCCUUUGUUACAUUGAAGAAUUUCUGGCAACAACUGAUGAAUCUAAUGAAGAGCCUGUUUCAAAACAUUCGCCCAAGUCUGGAGAAAUUAUCUGCAAACACAAGGAUAAAGGUUUUGAGCAUUUUGCUCAUGGACUUUGUGAAAAAUGCUACAAUAAGUUCACUAAACUGUCGGGUGGACUAGAAGGUGGUUCUGUCCCUCCAGCAUUCCAACGAGCUGAAAAGAAAAGACUUGAAGCUGCUAAAAGGGCUGAAGAAGCUGCAGCAGCUAAGGAGGCAGCGCUGGAAAAAUCUCUUUGCGACACACAGAAUUCUGAGGUUGAGAGUGCCAUGACUCCUAGAAAGGGUUUAAGUGGAGAUAAAUCUUCGAAAAUGGGAUCUGAGGGACUCAUAAAUGACUCUAUGCCACCCAAGGAUCCUGAAGAGGGAGGUGAAAAUUGUGAAGGCAAUGCAGAUCCAGAAAGCCUUUCUGACAUUGACGAUGCAGAGGUUGAUGGGUACCUUCACAAUGAGGAAGAAACACAAUAUAAAAAGAUUAUCUGGGAGGAAAUGAACAAAGAGUACCUUGAGGAACAAGCAGACAAGGAAGCUUUGGCAGCUGAAUUGGCAGCUAGAGGGAUUGAUCCAGAAGCGGGAAAGAAAAAACGAAAACGUAAUGAAGACACGAAGAGCUCGACACCUGCUGAAACACCAGCAGAAGCCACGUGCAACAUGCUGAAACGGAAGGGACUUGGUUCAAAGAUCAAUGUGGGAGCUGUUGACGAAUUGUACAAGGAAGCGUUAGUGACAGGUGAUACAUGCAGUGGGAUGUAUGAAAAUCGGAAAAAUAUUUUGUUCUCUGUGUUGAACAAUCAAAAUUGCGUUUGCAGAGCAUUUACAUUCUUGAAUUAG